GACGGUUGUAUCCCCGGUGCCUAGAACAUCUCAGUAAAUGUUAGAAUAAGUCAAUGUUUGGCGAGAGCUGCUGGAAGCCUCUAGGGUUGAACCAAUGCACAUGGUUGUAAAGUGAAGCAAAUGGGUGACGGGGCAGGAUCACACGGGCCUUCCUGCCCCACAGACUCCUCGUGCUUUCUCACGGGGCAGUGGGAGCCAUGGGAGGUGGUUAGCAGAGGGGCGGCCCCCACCUCACCCUCCAUUCCCUUUCCCUGACUCUGACUUGAUCCAGCGCAUGUUCCCCCCAGCUGUCCUUUCCUUCGUCCAAUAAGUCAGUAUCUGUUGAUCUGUUGAAAUAGGCACAUAGUGAACACCUCCUGCAUGUCACUGUGCUGUGAGCCAGAGGAGUCCAACAGUCCAGCCCACACGUUACCCACUGUCCAGAACGGGGACUGUGAAAGUGCUUCCACUGGGGGGGCGGUCUGUGAGCCCCUGGGAUUUUGUGUGUGUGUGUGUGUGUGUGUGUGUGUGUGUGUGUGAAAUUCCAUAGCUUUUUUUUUUUUCUUUUUUCAAGACAGAGUCUGGCUCUUGUUGCCCAGGCUGGAGUACAGUGGCACAAUCUCAGCUCACUGCAACCUCUGUCUGAGAAGUUGCCAUGGGGGAGGGGCAAGACUCAGGCCAGGGACAGGGCAAGGGCAGUAGGAUCAGCGGGUCAGAUCAACACAGCCAAAGGGGCACAAAUGCUCCCUGAGUGUGGCGGCUGGCAGAGGGGCGUCUUUCAACACUGAUUCUACCUUCCUUCCCCACCCCAGUGCUCAGGGCCAUGUGGUGAUUUUUUUUUUCUUUUGAUGUCCCUUUCCCACUUUCACCAUCCUCAUUCAUUUCUUUCUUUUUUUUUUCAUGCCCAAUUGUUGCCUUUUCCCAGAUGUUUGUUUAUUUAUUAUUUGAGACAGGGUCUCACUCUGUCACCCAGACUGGAGUGCAAUGGUGUGAUCUCAGCUCACUGCAGCCUCCGCCUCCUGGGUUCAAGCAAUUUUCAUGCCUCAGCCUCCCGAGUAGCUGGGAUUACAGACAUGCACCACCAUACCCGGCUAAUUUUUGUAUUUUUAGUAGAGACGGGAUUUCACCAUGUUGGCCAGGCUGGUCUCAAACUCCUGACCUCAAGUGACCCACCGCCUUGGCCUCCCAAAGUGCUGGGAUUACAGGUGUGAGCCACUAUGCAUGGCUCAUUUGUUCAUUAAUUUGAUUUGUUUUGUUUCCCUCCCUCCCUUCCUUCCUUCCUUUCAUUUUGUCUUUCUUUCUUUUUUGAGACAAGGUCUUGCUCUGUAGUGAUCAUAGCUCACUACAGCCUCAACCUCCUGGGCUCAAAUGAUCCUCCCACCUCAGCCUCUAGAGUAGCUGGGACCCAUGCCACCACAUCCGGCUAAUUUAUUUUUUAAUUUUAUGUAACGACGAGAGUCUCACAAUGUUGCCCAAGCUGGUAUCAAACUCUUAGCCUCAAGCUAUCCCUCCGCCUUAGCCUCCCAAAGUGCUGGGAUUACAGGCAUUAGGGGAUUACAGGCCUGAGCCACCACACCUGGCCCUCAUUUAUUACUUUUAUUUAUUCUUGGACACCACCUAUAAGGAAGACAUGAGAGUGUUAGGAGCACCAAGCUCUUGUCUCAUUGAGCAGGGUUGGGAGGUCACUGGGGGGUGAAGAGAGGCCAGGGGAGGCCCAGGCAGGCUCCUCCCUGGGGCCCCCUCACCCCACGGGUCAGGGCUGUGGAAGGUGGGGUCCUGCGGUGGGGAGGGGCUGGCUGGGAUUUAAAGGGGCUUCAGAACAUGAGAUGCAGUGGAGGUCAUGUGAUGAUAUCAUCCCUCAGGAUUCUGUCUGCCUGGAGCCCAGAGCAGGAGGAGUUGGUGCAAAGAGUGUGCCCAGCACAUCUCAGCAUCGUCCAGCAGAGAAGAUGCCCUGAACUCUCAAUUUCCUCUUCUGUAAAAUGGGGACAGUGUAGACCCAAAACUAUAAGACUGUGGAGAAAAAUAAGUGAGCUGUGAUACAUGUGACAUUUCUGGUAAUAAUCGUGAUCUUGGGUUGCCAGUGGGUUCCCAGUAUCCAUUAUAUUAUUAAAAAUUAAGAGGUGGCCACUUGUGGACCCUGGGGAGUGUGUGUCAUAAACCAAGGGUUAUGGUUAAUCCAGUGUGUACCCGAGGUCAUGAAAAUAUGCCUCUGAGGCCAGGCAAGGUGGCUCAAGCCUGUAAUCCCAGCACUUUGGGAGGCCAAGGUGGGAAGAUCACGAGGUCAGGAGUUCAAGACCAGCCUGACCAACAUGGUGAAACACCAUCUCUACUAAAAAUACAAAAAUUAUUGGCAUGGUGGUGGGUGCCUGUAAUCCCAGCUACCUGGGAGGCUGAGGCAAAAGAAUUGCUUGAACCUAAGAGGUGGAGGUUGCAGUGAGCUAAGAUUGCGCCGCUGCACUCCAGCCUGGGCGAGACAUCAUCUCAAAAAAAAAAAAAAAAAAGCCUUUGAAGUGCUUGGCACCUGCUGAGUGCCAGUCUGCAUCGCCUUAAACUCUGGCAGUAAUUGGGGGAGGGUGAGAUGGAGGUCCCUGAGAGGAGGAGCACACUGUUGACAGAUUCCUGGCUGCACACCAGGCGCUGCACUUGUCCUCAUUCCUCCUCACAGUAUCCCUUUGAAGAAGAGAUCCUUGAUCCUCUUUCACCCAGAAAGGACACUAAGGCUGAGAGAAGAAGUGACUUGCCCGAGGACACUCAGCAGAAACGCAGCAGAACUGGGAUUUGAACUCAGCCUCCAGACUCAGAGCUCUUUCUCCAACCUCCUAACUGCCUUGGGCUUCCCCAACUCAAUAGGAACAUUGCCUGAGGGCCUCUGGACACGGCCGCCUCCCCAGGGCCCAGAGGUGACAACACACACAGCAGCCGCCUAGCGGGCUCCCUUUAGCACCCACUUCUCAUCCAUCUCCUUAAAGCUCAUCCAGCAGGAGCCAGGCCCCCUGGGGAGUGUCCAUGCAUCCUGGCCCAUGACCCUACCCUCCACCAUGCUCAGGGCUGUUCCCUUCUCCCCUCCAGGCCACUCCCCACUUCACAGGAGGCCAGGGGAAUGCUAGGAGUGAGAGGGUGGGAGACAGGAGGAAGGGGCCAUAGAAAGGGGCUUCUCCUGGAAGAACGAGCCUUUGGAGUCAGGCCACUGGUGGAGCAGAAGUGAGGGACGCAGAGGACUGGCACCAGGCAGGGGCUGCUGAGGCUCUGGGGGAGCUGGGUGGCUGAAGGCAGGCCUUCUGGCGCCAUGAAGCCAUCCAUGUGCACUCUGUAGCUCCAAACAAGGCCUGGCCACUCCAGUAGGCUGCAGAAGGCAGUCAAAUGGCUGUGGACGUUUGCACCCCCCGGCUCAGUUCCUCUACCUCUCAUCCCAAGAUAGCCAGAACUGUUUUGCCCAGGGCCCUGGCACUGCCCCAGCCUGGGGGCAGCAGGAAUAGGGGGAAGAGUCCUGGUUGUGGGCCACCCAGGUCCAGGGCUCAACUCCUACAUGGCUCUGCUGCCAUCAUGCCGUCUGGCCUCGGGCAGCUCACUGCACUCUCUGAGCCUCAGUUAAAAAAAAAAAAGGAAGCUUGUUGGACCGGUGGAUCUCUAUCUCUCGGCUCUUCCUGCUUGUGUGUGUGAUUCUAACUCCAGAGUGGGAGAGGGCUAGACUCCUUCGGGUCUGGAUUCAAAUGUCACCUGAAGGCCGGGCACAGUGGCUCAUGUCUGUAAUCCCAGCACUCUGGGAGGCUUGAGGUCAGGAGUUUGAGACCAGCCUGGCUAACAUGGUAAAAACCCAUCUCUACUAAAAAUACAAAAAAAUUAGAUGUUUGUGGUGGGCACCUGGUGUUCAUGGUGGGCACCUGUAAUCCCAGCUACUCGGGAUCCCGAGGCAGGAGAAUCGCUUGAACCCAGGAGGCGGAGGCUGAGGUGAACCAAGAUUGAGAUGGUGCCACUGUACUCCAGCCUGGGCAACAGGGCAAGACUCUGUCUCAAAAAACAAAACAAACAAAACAAAAUAAAUCACUCCCACGCCCCAUAAAACACACUUAAAAUUGCCCCAACACUUCCCAUGUUCCUUUCCUGCUUCGUUCUGGCCCCACCACGGCAGUUCUCACCUCCCAACCCUUACUUGUGUGUAUUUAUCCCGGUUCCAGCAGUAGCACGUCAGCGCCAUGGGAGGGUGAGAUGGGUCUGUCCUGUGCACUGCCGUGCCUUUCAUGCCUGGAGUGUAGUAGGUGCUCAAUAAACAUUUGCUGAGGAUGUGGCAGGGGUCGGGGCGUGGGGGGGGGGUGCCAGGAUCAGGCCUGAGUUUCUGAGGAAGCUGGGCAGGGGCGUGAGGACGGGGAGGAAGCUGUGCUCACCGCUUGGCUAAGAGAAGGAUGAGAGCUGGGGGUGCUGCAGGCUUAGGGUAAGUGUGCAGUGUUCAGGAAAAGGAGGGAAGGAGUGCCUGGGAAGUGCCCACCUGGCAGUGAUGGGCUGCCCAGGUCCACGUGUGUGAGUACAGGGGCCCCCUUAGGGGUUGGAGGGCCUCCUCUCCUACAGCUCCCUGCCCCUUCCACCCCACUACCCUCCCUGCCUCCGCACGUAGUUUCCUUAGUAUCCUCUGGGCUGAGGCGGAAGGCAGCGGCGGGACACAAAGGUGUAAUAGCCCUCCCUCCGAAAGCUGGAAAGCUUGCACCCUGAUAAGGUGAGUAAAUUUCAAAGGGGCUAAUGGAGUGGGGGGUGCAGGCUACUGAUAGCAGGGCCAGGGUGCUGCCAGCAGCCUCCCCACCAACUUCCCACCACCCAGAGGGCCCAGCCACCGAGCUGGCCUCUGAGCAAAACAGGUUCCAAUUGUGCUCUUAUCUGGGCCUGUGGUUUUGUAAGGCCCAGCUGGCUCUGCAUUAAUGGGGGAAAGGCAGCGGUCAGCUCUAGGGUGUGAGCAGUGAUGUGGGGCUCCUCCACCCCCCACGACGGGCCUGCUGGGCUGGGGGUGCCCCUGGUUCUCUGGGGUGGGGGCAGCUCAGGGAGGGCCAGCAGACACACACCAGAUCAUAAGCAGUGGUGGCUGAGAGUGGAGCUCUGCGCCAGAUCUUGGCUGUUACCUUUACUGUGCCAAGUGCUAAGCCCGCUGUGCCUCAGUUUCCUCCCUGAGGUUAAAAUAGGGAUGCUAAUGAUGGGUGCCGCCUCAAAGGACCAUUAAGAUAAUGAAAUGAGCUAACUGCUCUCAAGCAACCAGUGUAGUACCUCUCAGUGAGUGCGGAGAGGUGAGAUGCUUGGUCAGGGGACCCGGGAAAUGAGCCGCCAGGGCUUCAAGGCCCCCUCAGUCUAACUCCACAGUGCACCCUCACUUCACCUCCCGCCACCGCCACCGGGAUGCACACAGGCCUGCAGAGCUCACACCCCGCCUCCUUUGUGCCUUGCUCAGAUCCCACCUCCCCAAAGGGAUCUGCCCUGACCACCACAUCCAGCGCUGCUCUCACACCCUGCCCAGCGUUCCAGGCGGCCUGGCCCCUUCCUGUCAAGCACACACCACCUGCCACUGUACUGUGUAAUCUACUCAUUGCACCUUUCCUGUUGACGGCCCUUCUGUAGCAUUGUAAUCCUGGCGAGGCUCUCUGCUGUAUGCGAUGACCCGUGCCUGGCCCCCAGCAGGCCUCCUGUACGUGCCUGUGGAGGGUGUGCAUGCCUGCGGGCAGGCACAGGCCGCGCUGCUCCCAUCACCAGGUGGAGGUGGUCAGGAGGAUGCUGGCUGUGUGUCCUGUCUGUCCCCCAAGCUGGGGCUGCAGGGUUCUCAGGCUUGGCACCUAACUCUGGCAGGAGUCCUGCCUGGCUAGGUCCACACGGGAACUCUGAGGACCCCGAGGAUUGGACCCCUGGGAUGGGAUGGGGCCUCUUCAGAUGACCUCCCAGAUGCGAACCUGGCUACAGGGAGAAAUGGUGCAUUUGUUCGUCCCCCUGCAGGAGCUUGGGGCCACUAUCUGAGGAGUGAGUCUGUGGACGAGCAGGAGAUGCCAGUGAUGGAACCAGGCCUGAAGCCCUUCUACCUUUUGUUUCUCCCUAGAAUGGAGAGGGUCACUCAGGGUCACAGCAUAUAGCAGGUGUUUGUGAAACUAGCAGGCCCAUAGAUGGCUGCCCUUAGGAGUCAUCACUGCCCUCUGAGGCAAGAAGACCCUGAGUGAUUGUGACGACCGGGCCUUGAACUAUCCUGAAGGGCAGGCUGUGCCCAGCCACUGUGCCUGGCCACCCUGGUCCCAGGACCUGUUUAGGGCCUGGUGGCACAGAGUAAGUGCAGGUCUGGGCAGAGCAACGUGUGGUGGCCCAGGUGUGCCUGGGGGGCCCUGGCCUGCUGCAGUUGCUGGAAGUGCCUAGUGGUAUGGCCUGAGAACACAGCCGCCACCGGGUGGGCUGCUUCCCAGCCCCACGCUCGCCAUCCAGCUGCAACACAGCGUCCUAGAAAGACAAUGCCAACAGGGGCAGCCCGAAUCCUUCCUGUGUCAUUAUCUAGCCUUAACUUUGGGAAUGUUAAUGAGCCUCUUUCCUGUCUGUGAGUGCGGGAGGCAGAGAACCCCUCUGGUGGUGGACUUGCUAGGAUUAAAUGAGAUAACACAUGUCAUUUGGGAGCACAGAUUGGGGUCUGGAUUCAGAUCCCAGCCCUGCUGUGUGUCCUUAGGCCUGGUCCCUAGCCUCUCUGGUCCCAAGGUCUUUGUGCCACGAGACGGCUGGGUGGUCUCUGGGAUCCCACCAACCAAGUUUCUUGCCCAUCCUGUCCCCUUUGGUCCUGUCUGGGUGACCAGCCCUAGGCUCUUCCCACCUCAAAAGGGGGCACCCUCCCCCCAGCUGUCCAGCCUUCCUGCAGCUAGAGUCUGGGUCUGGGGGUGGGACCCUGUGUCAGUCAGGAACUAACUGGCAGCUGCGUGUCCCUGUAGCUGGCAUGGGUCCCAGCCUUGUCUCUGCCUCCAUCUCCAGUCUAGCUGAUCAGAGGGCAGGACGCAGCAAGGAUGGGGGUGCAGGGAGAUGGAGGCAGAAAGCUAGGAAGGCAGGAAUCCAACUGACAGACAGACUUAGACGGACUAUGCUUUCCAGAGUGUGCCCACUUCUGUUGCCCGUUGACAGUCAUUCAUCACAGUACUCCACCCGCAAGGUCAGCAGGGCAAGUGUUGUUAUCCCUAUUCCCAGAGGAGGCGAGGGAGACCCAGGGUGCUUGAGACUCGCUCGUGAUCCCUGGUGCUCUCCACACUCACCUCUGAUGAGCCAGGGGCCAGAGAGGACCAGUGUGGGGAGGAAGCUCAGGCCAGUGGCUCCAGAAACUGGUGUGUUGGGUCUGAUGCUGCCAGCUGCUCUAGAAUCCCUGCCUUCAAGGAGUUAGAAUCUUGGGAAGAAAGAAAUAAGAAAUACUGGGGAAAGAAUUAGAGAACAAAGACUUGGGAUAUGUGAGGUCUGCAAGGACUGGAGGGGACAAGGAAAGGCUUUUGGUGGAGAGAGCUCUUGAAAUGGGACUCAGAAGGAUGGGGAUUCUCUCCACCAAAACAGGAGGAACUCAAGUCCUUUUGAACGAUGGGAAAAGGAAAUCAGGGGUGCAUCCAGGUGUUCCCACAGCAAUGUCAGGAGUGGGUCCGGCUCCAGCUGGCUCCUCCUCCUCUGGACUGUCCAAAUUCUCCCUGGGGGUAGCAGCUCCUGACUUCACACGUCAAGGCUUGGAAACUCUAGUUGCAAGAGAGAAUUUGUUAUCUCAGUAGGUUGGAGAAAAGUUUCAGGACAGAGUCACACUGGGCCAACUGGGGUUGUGUACUGGACCCCAGAUCUGGAAGGAGUGGCUGUGGAGCAGGCAUCGCCCACAGCUGGUGAGUGGGGUCUGGAUGGAGGGCAGACAGGAGGGGCCCAUCUAACCUGAUGAGAGCUGGCCAGAGGAGGAUGAGACAGGAGUCCAGCCCAGGGAGCUGGAGGCAGGAAGUCUAGUGGACCCAGCGACCUACUCCAGGAACCCGGGACUUGACCCUGAGGGUGCGUGAGAGCAGCAACACGGUCUUACUGGGCAUGGGGCAGUCAUGGAAAUUAGGGAUUUGAGUUUGAAUCUGCUUCCCAGCUAUGACCUUGGUCAUGACAUUUUAAAUGUACAAGCCUCAAUUUCUUCCCUUGAAAAAUGGGCAUAUGCCUGGCCCAGUGGCUCACACUUGUAAUCCCAGCACUUUUGGCAGCUGAGGCAGGAGGAUAGCUUGAGGUCAGGAGUUGAAGAACAACCUGGUCAACAUGGUGAAAGCCCGUCUCUACUUAAAAGACAAAAAUUAGCCCGGCGUGGUGGGGAGUGCCUGUAGUCCCAGGUACUGGGGAGGCUGAGGCAGGAGAAUUGCUUGAACCCAGGAGGCGGAGGUGACAGUGAGCUGAGAACCCAUCACUGCACUCCAGCCUGGGUGACGGAGUGAGACUCUGUCUUAAAAAAAGAAAAGAAAAGAAAAAUGAGCAUAGCAACACCUACCUGGAAGCGUCGCUGUGAAGAGUCAGAUGGUCUUCGUCAAACACGUGGCUGCAGCUGGUGGUCAGCGAGGCCCUGGAACAGGGCAACCAGGUUCAUGGAGCACUUUCACCAGCAUUUUCUCCCUCCUCACGUAGCUCUCAGGGUUCUCUGGAUAUGGGAGGUGACUGUUCAGCAGGUUUCAGACACUUGCCCAAAGUCACAAAGCUGGAAAAUGGCAGAACCAGGAAAUGUACUUGAUUAAAUCCCAAGCUGGUGCCAAGACACCAUCCCCGGUGCAUCACGGUGUCAGGAUCACCCAGAAGUCCCUCAUUGGGAAAGUUAGCUUUUCUCCCCUGGAGCCCACCAGCAUUGCCUUGGAGGCGGGGCCUGUGUGAGCCCAGGUGAGCAGAUGGAGGAGCGCUAGUUUGCUCUCUCUUGGUGGACCUUUUCCAGCUUCCAGAGGCAAUAUUUGUUUCCCUCCUCCAGGCUUGAAUGGGUAAAGACCCUGUCCACACUAGGUAGAGCUUAGCUGGGCCCAUCCAUUCAGGAGACCUCUGUGAAGUGCUCUCUUGAGCCUUGAGUGAGGCCACACCCAGCAUUCAAGGUCAGGGUUUUCCAUGGUAUGACCAUACUCCUUCCCAAUGCCACCUAGCAGUGAGGUAUCUUCUCUGGCUGCAAGAAUGCUGUGUCUUCAUAGGUCUGUCCAUUUUCUUAUCUAUUUAAGGUAGGAUUAGGAUUGGCUUCGAAUAAUAAGAAUUCCCACUUAACGGAAGUGAAAAGUCCAUUUCUCUCAUAAAAGUCCUGAGGCAGGCAGUCUAUUGCUGGUAUGGAAGUUUUAUACAAUCCUGAGAGACCUGGGCUCCUUCUCUCGCUUCUAGUGAGAGUAGAGCUCACUGCUCUACUCUCUUGUCCUCAUGGUCUAAGAUGGCAGCCAGAAUGCCAGCUAUCACAGCUGCAUUCCACACAGCAAGAUGGAGGAAGGAUAAGGAAGAAGGGAGUUAAUAGUACAUGCCAUCUUACUUUUAAGUAAGAUUCCUAGAAUCUUGGCACAUGACACUUCUGCUUGGUCGUAGAGUCACAUCUAGCUGCAGGCGAAGCUGGGAUGGUCUUGAUUCUAGGUUGCCAUAUGCCCAGCUAAAAACCAGGCAUUGACCAGGCACAGUGGCUCAUGCUUAUAAUUCCAGCACUUUAGGAGGCGGAGGUACAAGGAUUGCUUGAGGCCAGGAGUUCAAGACCAGCCGGGGCAACAUAGGGAGACCCUGUCUCUACAAAUAUAAAUAACAUAAAAAAUAAAAAGCCUUGUUUACUGAGGAAAAGGGGAGAAUGGGCAGCUAUCUCUGACACCUCACCCACUCAAUAAACAUUUUUUUUUUUUUGAGCUUCACUUUGUCUCCCAGGCUGGAGGGCAGUGGCAUGAUCUCCGCUCACCGCAACCUCCACCUCCUGGGUUCAAGCGAUUCUCCUGCUUCAGCCUCCUAAGUAGCUGGAAUUACAGGUGUCCCCCACCACGCCCGGGUAAUUUUUUUUUAUUUUUAGUAGAGAUGGGGUUUCACCACGUUGGCCAGGCUGGUUUUGAACACCUGACCUCAAGUGAUCUGCCCGUCUCAGUCUCCCAAAGUGCUAGGAUUACAGGCGUGAGCCACAGCACCUGGCCUCAAUUAACAUUCAUUAGGUAUUCCUUGUACUUACCCACAUUAUAGUAUGAUGAAUAGCUUAGCAUCUCAUGAGCACCAAACAGUGCCUGGCAUAUGGUAGGUGCCUGUUAAGCAGUGGCCAUUAUUAUUAAUGCAUCAGAAUGCUGUGAUAUAAGCCAGGCUUCUGUGAGAGUGGGGAGGGGGGCCUGGCCAGCAGAGAAGCAGGCACAGAAAUGCACUCUAGGGGAAGGAGGUCCACCUAGAAAAGCAGGAUGUCUUUCUUUACUGGCCCUGGAGGGCUGGGCCACUGGCUUAGGAAUGGUCGGCCAAGCGUACCUUCUCAGGACCUUACCUCCCCUUCCUCCGCCUGUCCUACCUCAACCUUUUCUGGAGAAUGACUGAUAACUGAUCCUCACCAAUGUGCCAGUGAUGAUAACAGCCAAGUACAGGACUCCCUGGGGUGCAGAGUGCUGCCUUACGUUGGAGAACAUGGGUAUUGGUGAAGGUGAGGGGCGAGUUCUGAAGGCCUCAGGAGCCUCCUGCAGCUCCAGGAUACUCACACUGUCACAGUGACACGGUGACUUCUGAAACAAGAGAAUCAGCGUUAUCUAGAACUUUCUCCCCUGACAGAAUGGAGGUAGCAGGUACGUGAAGCCCUUCUGAGAUGUUUUGGAGAAAGGAAGGCCCAGCCUCCAGGGACCACCCUCAGCCCACCUGGCAGGACAAAGAGGAAGCCAAAAGCUGGACUCCGUGGCCCCCGUGGGCUCAUGGAGGGGGAGAGGCUGGGGCAGUAGGUGCUUGGUGGUGGGUACCCUUGUCCUGUGUGAUGUCCCUGCUGUCACCCUUUGGGGCUGAGGGAGGGCCAGUUGCUGCUGGCUGGUCCCCACUGUGGGCCUGGGAAAAUGAGCUGGGAGUCCUCCCUCACCGCCACUGUGUGACAGGCCUGCAUGAGGCCCCUGUGGGACACGGAGAACACCGUUCCCAUCAGGUGGGGGUUGUCCCACAAGCCUUAGGACCCCUCCCCAGGAUUCUCUGAUUUGCUCUCCAUCCCUGGCCUGGGCAUCCAGACAGCACCUCCUCCAGGAAGCCCUCACUGAUUUCCCUGGCUGAUGCACACCCUCAGUGCCCCCACAGCCCGCCAUCAGGGCAUGGGUGGCUCUGGAUCUCCACUGCUGCUCACUUGUCUGUCCCUGGCCCUCAGCUGAUCCAUCUUAGAACCCCAGCCCUGCUCCCACUCAGUGCAUCUCCUGCGCCUUGCACAUAAUGUGAGCUCAGUAGCUAUGCAGCAAGCAAUGAAUGAGUAAAUGAGCGAGUGAAUGAACGAGUCCCUUGGCUGUCAGGGCAUGGAUCCCCAAGCAAAGAGGGGAGGCCCUCAAGGGUUAACCGGGAGCCUGCCUGUGGUCUGAGGUAAGCAAGGAGUGUAUUUGUUCAGGUAAAUAAGGAAGGAUUACUUAUAAUGGGAAAUCGGGCCCUGGCCAGCUCUUCAUCUUGCGGCUAACUUCCUCCCAGCACAUUCCUGCACUCUGCUGCGUCCACACUGCCUCACAGACCCAGUCCUCUAAGCCUGCUGCCACCUCCCUGCAAGCCCCUCAGAUUGGGCCUUGCCACGGUGCCAGCAGGUAGCCCUGGGCUGGGGGUAGGGGACUCUCUACAGGCACAUAGCCCUGAGAUCUCAGAGAGCCACCCCUUGAGGGUGGCCAGGCCCCCAGCAGUCAACGCGAGUGCUGCCUCUGCCACCAGGCCUGCUGGCCUCUAGUUCCACUGGCCCCCCAGAUGCCUGGCUGAGACACGCCAGUGGCCCCAGCUGCCCACACCUCUUCCUGGCCUCCGAAGUUGGUACUGCAGCAGACAGCUCCCUGGGCACCAGGCAGCUAACAGACGCAGUCGCCGGCCCGAACAGCAGCGGCAUGGGCAGCGCCAGCCCGGGUCUGAGCAGCGUGUCCCCCAGCCACCUCCUGCUGCCCCCCGAUUCGGUGUCUCGGACAGGCUUGGAGAAGGUGGCAGCGGGGGCAGUGGGUCUCGAGAGACGGGACUGGAGCCCCAGUCCACCCGCCACACCCGAGCAGGGCCUGUCUGCCUUCUACCUCUCCUACUUUGACAUGCUGUACCCUGAGGACAGCAGCUGGGCAGCCAAGGCCCCUGGGGCCAGCAGUCGGGAGGAGCCGCCUGAGGAGCCUGAGCAGUGCCCGGUCAUUGACAGCCAAGCCCCAGGGGGCAGCCUGGACUUGGGGCCAGGCGGGCUGGCGCUGGAGGAGCAUUCACUGGAGCAGGUGCAGUCCAUGGUGGUGGGCGAGGUGCUCAAGGACAUCGAGACGGCCUGCAAGCUGCUCAACAUCGCCGCAGAUCCCGUGGACUGGAGCCCUGGCAACGUGCAGAAGUGGCUCCUGUGGACUGAGCACCAGUACCGGUUGCCCCCCGUGGGCAAGGCCUUCCAGGAGCUGGCGGGCAAGGAGCUGUGUGCCAUGUCGGAGGAGCAGUUCCGCCAGCGCUCACCCCUGGGUGGGGAUGUGCUGCACGCGCACCUGGACAUCUGGAAGUCAGGGUCUCAGUCUGUUGCCCAGGCGGGAGGGCAGUGGCGUAGUCACAGCUCACUGCAGCCUCGACUUCCAGUUUCAUCGGAUCCUCCCACCCCAAUCUCCCGAGUAGCUGAGUCUACAGCGGCCUGGAUGAAAGAGCGGACUUCACCUGGGACGAUUCACUACUGUGCCUCGACCAGUGAGGAGAGCUGGCCGGACAGCGAGGUGGACUCAUCGUGCUCUGGGCAGCCCAUCCACCUGUGGCAGUUCCUCAAGGAGCUUCUGCUCAAGCCCCACAGCUACGGCCGCUUCAUCAGGUGGCUCAACAAGGAGAAGGGCAUCUUCAAAAUUGAGGACUCAGCCCAGGUGGCCCGGCUGUGGGGCAUCCGCAAGAACCGUCCUGCCAUGAACUACGACAAGCUGAGCCGAUCCAUCCGCCAGUAUUACAAGAAGGGCAUCAUCCGGAAGCCAGACAUCUCCCAGCGCCUCGUCUACCAGUUCGUGCACCCCAUCUGAGUGCCUGGCCUAGCCACUGGCCCAGGGCCUGAAACCAGCCCUUAGGGGCCUCCCUCCUGCCUGCCCUUCCCCAGCCAAGCCCUGAGCUGGGGGGAAGACGGGCAGUCUGCUCUGCUGCUCUGGCCUUCCAGAGCCCAAAGUGAGGGAGGGGUGCCCCACUGCUCCCUGGGGAAAAGCGGGCCCUCUGGGGUCUGCAGGACCCCGGGGCAGGCAUGCUGCUCUCCUGGAGGACAGAGGAGCCAGGGCUACUGUCAGUGUUCACUGCUCCCCAACAAAGGACCCUCACCUGCCUCUGUCCCCAGCAUUCCCAGAGCAAAGCCUCGGAAGGGCAGGGACUCCACGAAGGCCACAGGCAGUUCAGGGCUCUCUUUGCUCCAUCGUCCUGCCUCCCAUUCUGUACCACACCCAGCAUGGUGCAGGGAGGUGUUUGCACCCCUGAGUUGGGGAGGCAGGAGUGCCCCUGGGAAUGGAUAAUAAAGAUACUAGAGAACUGA